AUGGAAGAAUUUGUACAGAGUUCUGGAGAAAAUGGUAUUGUGGUAUUUUCUCUGGGGUCGAUGGUUUUUAACAUGCCAGAAGAUAGAGCCAAUAUAAUUGCAUUUGCCCUUGCACAGAUUCCACAAAAGGUCAUCUGGAGAUAUCAAGGCAAGAAGCCAGAUAAAUUAGGACCCAACACUCGAAUAUACAACUGGAUCCCCCAGAAUGACCUUCUUGGUCAUCCAAAAACAAAAGCCUUUAUAACUCAUGGUGGAGCCAAUGGUGUUUAUGAGGGGAUUUACCAUGGGAUCCCUAUGGUGGGCAUUCCUUUGUUUGCGGAUCAACCUGAUAACAUUGCUUAUGUGAAGGCCAAGGGAGCAGCUAUUCGAUUGGAAUAUAGAACACUCACAAGUACAGAUCUUCUCAAGGCCUUGAGGAUGGUCAUUAAUGACCCUAU